GGAAGACUGACAAAUCUGAAACUCCUAACGCUGCAGCAAACUCUCUGAAUAGAAUGUCCAGGGGACAGCUGAAUACGAAAGGGAAAAGCAUGAAUGGUGCAUCCCGUCUGGCUUUACUCAAGGAGUUUGAGGUUUUGGCAGACGUCAUGAAAAAGGACACGCGAGCAGAUGAAGGUCAGCAAAAAAUAUCUUAAGUUUAGUCAUUUCUUUACGUCUCACCUAAGUGUCUCACAACACACCAUUUUAUACGUCUAAUAGAUUCACACUAGGAAUGUUACCGUAAAUUAAAAACACCACUGAAACUUAUAGUAUACACCAGUAGGUUGCUGUGUGUUGCUUCCAUUUGUUGUGUCAGCCCAAUAAUAUCAUGAAUAUUGGUAUGUUGGUUUAUGAAAGAUUGGAUGAAGAUGUUAGUUAUGACAGCCUCCAAAUAUCUCAUUUGAUAUAAUAUUGUCAGAAGAAGACCCUGUAGGAAGGAAUUUCAAAACAAGGCAACAUUAAAACAACCAACCAAGAGCAAGUCGGCUACAGAUAUUAUAAGUCAGUUACAGAUAUUAGAAGUCGGCUACAGAGAUUGUAAGUUAGCUACAUAUAAUCGAAAUAAGCAACGGAUGUUGGAAGUCCGCUACAGAUAUUAGAAGUUUGACAUAGAUAUAAGAAGUCGGCUACAGAUAUUGGAAGUCGGCUACGAAAAUUAUGAUUAUCCACCAUUUUGAAGAGAAAAAAAAGCCUAAAAAUCAGUUUGAACCGAUUGCCCAGAACUAACAGCUGUGCUGACCACACAAUGAUUCACGGAACGCCUUGCUACAGACCAACUUUAAUGAACAACCAAAACUCAGAUGGGGACUUUCAAGAGUGAAAACAAGAUGUGCAAUACAAAACAAAUUUCCGUUCAUUUUAUCAAUAAAACCAUCUUAUCUUGUAGGUGAGAACCGCGUCAUCAGCGCUUUAGAAAUUCUCAGCCACCGUUAUGGGCCGAUGUUCAUCAUCUGUGGGUACCAGUACAACAACUAUCUGAACAAGCUCAGAGAAGAGAUGUUUUCUAAAGGAGAGGCCAGCCGGCCGGUUCGAGCAUUUGGCCAGACCAUGAGAGCUGAGCACGAUUGUCUGAUCUUUCAUAAGGUAAGAGAAACUGGAGGCAAACAUCGGCACCCACCUCAUAUCAUAUCACACGUGCCAUGCCAUCAAACCCACCCAAGCCCACCUCAUGUCCUCCCAUGUCAUGUUAUCCAUCUCAAUGCCAACCACCCCAUGUCAUCCCACCCCAUGUCAUCCCACCCCAUGUCAUCCCACCCCAUGUCAUCCCACCCCAUGUCAUCCCACCCCAUGUCAUCCCACCCCAUGUCAUCCCACCAUAUGCACUCCCUAUACUUCCUAAAUAUCCAGGCAUUGUUUUAAAUGUUUUACUUGAAGAAGGAAGAUUAAUUAAUUUUUUAAUAAAAAUUGUAAUGCUCAUAAGGGAUAUGAGCGAGAAAUUAGAAUUAUAAUUAUUAUAUUUGUCUAAUGUCCUUUCAUUAUUUAUUCUACUCACACUCUUGCUUAUAUUUUUUUUCCCAGAACUAUGGAGCCAUAAUCGUCUGUAUCAAGGCCAUUGGGGACAACUUCUCAGACUGGAAUGCCUCGGAGGAGGACAGGAUCUCAUCCACAAAUAAAAUUUUGGGGAAGGCCAUCAAACAGCUGGAACGGGAGGAGGCCAUGAUCCAUCAUGUGACCUCCGACCUUAUGAAACUGAAAUGUCAUAAACUGAUAGCCCUGCCCAACAUGACCAGGGACGAUGUCAUGAAAGCUUUGGCGAAAGACCAGAAACUUUUGAAGGUUGGGAAAUAUUCAAGCUAAUAGCCUGGACAAAUCAAUUUAUUUUUAUAUAUUUACAUUAAUUUAAGGGAGUGGGUAGUACUCAAAGCAACAGGCUCAUCAAAUCAAUUUAAAUAUAUAUAUAUAUAUAUAUAUAUAUAAUUUAUAUAUAAAUAAAUAAAAUACAUUCAUUUUAACAUCUAGUUGUUUUCUUCUUAUGGGCCAUUGAUUUAUAUAUAAAUCUCUUUUUUUUUUCUUUUUUUCUUUUUUUGCGCUAAUAUUAUAGCUUAUUUGCUUAUAUCUCUGGUUCGGGGAAUGCUAAAGAGCAAAUUUUUGUUUCAUGCUUUGUCUACAUGGGGCUGGGUGCCGGAAAAAAUAUCCAUUUCUUAUUUUUAUUAAUUCAGAAAUUGCACUUGAAAAGCUUCAUUUAAAAAAUUGUUCUGUUCCAUCUGUUGGUCUGUCUCCUAAAAGGAGUUCUUUAUACUAAUAUAAAUUGUUGGUGUGAUCAUUUUUUUAAAACCAAAAUGUUAGACAAGGGACAUAAAUGAAAUAAAAUGUCUUCAGUGCCUGAUUCAGAUAAUAUUUUCUUCAUGUUUCUUGGGUGAAAUGACAAGUAAAAAUGUAUUUGGUUCAAAUCUAAUCAUAAAUUUUUUCCAUCCAUCCUUGUGGCACUACAGCCCAUGUAGGGCUUUGGGCUGCAUCACCACUUCCUACCACUCAGACCUAACUGAUGCUUUUCUUUUCUAUGCUUGGAUUCCCAGCUGCUGUAGAUCUUUUACCACAUCAUCCAUCCAUCUAAGCCUGGGUCUGCCUUUGAGAAUUGAUCUCUCCCAUGUGUUGAAUGGGUCUUCUGCCCUUUUUGUUUGUUAUGGUCCAAGUUUCACUAGUGUAUCUUGAUGUUUAUGAUGGAGGUAAAUUGACUGCAUGAACCUUGUAUGGCAUGAACAAAAACUUAUUUUCUUUCAUUUGAAUUCAUGCGUACACAUUUUGCAAAGCUUCGUUCACACAAUCGGUCUGCUUCAGUUUUAUCCGAGCGUGACAACAGUGAUAGGUUACUUGACCUUGGACAUGAUAGUUUGGAACUUCCUGUGAUACAAAUCCAGUGUUGUUGAUCCACUUGUGUUUAUUUCGCUAGAGCAACUUAGAAGAUCUAACCAACAUAUUGGGAGCUGAGCUGUUCCUAUGGUGUAUCCAUUGUUGAUGAUCCUCUUGUGUUUAUUUCCCUAGAGCGUCAUUGAUCUAACCAACAGUUUGGGAGCUGAGCUGUUCCUAUGGUGUAUCCAUUGUUGUUGAUCCUCUUGUGUUUAUUUCCCUAGAGCGUCAUUGAUCUAACCAACAGUUUGGGAGCUGAGCUGUUCCUAUGGUGUAUCCAUUGUUGUUGAUCCUCUUGUGUUUAUUUCCCUAGAGCGUCAUUGAUCUAACCAACAGUUUGGGAGCUGAGCUGUUCCUAUAGUGUAUCCAGUGUUGUUGAUCCGCUUGUGUUUAUUUCCCUAGAGCAUCAAUGAUCUAACCAACAAUUUGGGAGCCGAUCUCUUCCUGUGUCAAGAUGAACUCUCGGACAAGAAAGUCUCCAUCUGGGACCUGCCAGAGGAAAAGACCCGCAGGCUGGCCCGCUGGUGGGAGCUGGUCAGUGGGACACUCAUGUCAGAAGCAGAUUUCAUUGAAGCCAAAGUCUACAGGCAAAUCAUUGGCAGGUAGGGUAGGCUUGGAUCAACCAAGUGUUCUUAGAUACAUUGUCUGCAGUUGCUUAAUAUGGCUAAACCAAGUAGUCUUAGAUACAUUGUCUGGAGGUGCUUAAUAUGGCUAAACCAAGUAGUCUUACAUACAUUGUCUGGAGGUGCUUAAUAUGGCUAAACCAAGUAGUCUUACAUACAUUGUCAGGAGUUGCUUAAUAUGGCUAAACCAAGUAGUCUUACAUACAUUGUCUGGAGUUGCUUAAUUCUAGGUAAACCAAGUAGUCUUACAUACAUUGUCUGGAGUUGCUUAAUAUGGGUAAACCAAGUAGUCUUACAUACAUUGUCUGGAGUUGCUUAAUAUGGGUAAACCAAGUAGUCUUACAUACAUUGUCUGGAGUUGCUCAAUAUGGGUAAACUUGAUCAGGUUAUAAAAUAGUAGCUUGAAAAAUUAUUGAAAUAAUUUCAAUCAAUUUUUUCUGUUUAUCAAAGAGUUUUUAGAAAUGUUCAUGAAAGAUGUAAAUACAUUUUCAAUUUUUUAAAAACAGCUUUGUAUUCUAAAUGACCACUGCUGUUUUAUAUUUUUCACUUUUGACACUUUUUAUAUGAAUGCUGAUUUGAUCUCAUAAUAGACACUUGAUGUCCUAUCAAUCUGACACUUGAUGUCCUAUCAAUCAGACACUUGAUGUCCUAUCAAUCUGACACUUGAUGUCCUAUCAAUCUGACACUUGAUCUCCUAUCAAUCUGACACUUGAUCUCCUAUCAAUCUGACACUUCAUUUUAUUUGUUUCAUCAACAUUAUACAAAACUGAAACCUGCCAACACUUUUCUCCUCAGAUAUUGUGGACUUUUGUCAACGGUGGAAGUCUGGAGUCCCAGCAACCCUCGGGUUGAAGUUCGAAGCAUAUCUGAGGCCGUUGACCUUUGCGGGAAACGUUUUGCCAAAGUUGUCCUCCUGCCCCACCAGGUUGAAGUUUUGUGCUCUAAUCACAAGCGUUUGUUUCUGUACGGCCCGCCGGGCUCGGGAAAGACUCUGCUGCUCAUACUGAAAGCACGUGAAUGGCUGAUCUCUGGGAAAACUGUCAUCCUGUUGAAUGUUCGGCCCGGGUCCAUUCAUGGAUUUCCCUACGCCUACGGUGUCUUUGAUCGUCUCAAGAAGAUGGUUGCCCCCUUUCGCGUGCCCAUCACCAACCUUCGCAUGGUCAAUAUCGACACCCUGAAGUUUCAGUCGGACGCCCUGGCCUCUGUCCUGCCGACCUGGUGUGUCAUCAUGGACGAGGUCACGCCAGCCGCCCACCAGGUCAUAGAGCACCUCAGCUGCCUGCAGGUCCAGCACAUCUGGUGUGCCGGGGUUUUCACCGACGACCGUCCCAUCACAGCCCACCGUUUCUUCGCCUGCAAGAUGGACAAGAUACUUCGGUGCCCGCCCAUUGUCCAGACUGUCAUGAAGCACACGGAGGAGGAUGUGAGGCUGAGCAAGCCUUAUGAGCAGCUUUAUCAGAGCAACUCCUUACAUUUUUCAAUGGAGAAACAAUCUUUGGGGAGUAACAGAUUUAGUGAAACUGAUAAAGAAAAUGCCAAGGAGAAAAGUAUUUUGUCAGUACCCCAGGCAAAAUCAUGUUUAACAGAGAGGGAAGGCAAUAUUAAAACAAUCUGUGAAGAGCCUGAUAAAUGUGGUAAAAGUGGUCCAGAUGUUGUUUCGUCCAAGAGCGCUGUAAAAUUUGAGGAGGAAGAGCUGAAAUACGACCCGGAUUUGUUAAAUGAAAGACUCAUGUCCAGGUAUGGAAGGAAGUCCCUGUCUUUGCAGGAGAAGAACUUGAAGGAAGACGAGCUCAAGAUGCCUCAGAACUUAUCCUGGUACAGCACCAGCAGCGUUGAUCUCGGCCUGGCCACGGACGGCCCGCGGCCACACAUCAUCGACCAUCAGUCCCACACACAGCCUGGCCUUCCCUUGGACUGCCCCAAGUGUGCAGAGGAGCUGGCCAAGUUCUUGCUGAGCAUGGUCAAACAAGAUGCCUUUUCGUCGGAGAAAGAGCCUCGGAGCCAGCCCAGCAAAAAUAAGUACGCUUUCAAAAACACUGGCGGCGCCAGCAGCAAAGGUGGUAGAGUUGGCCGGGAGACCACCAUCUUUUCCAAUGCUUCGACCAUUCACAUGAAGACUCCCAGCAUCAUGUCCUUUGGAAGUAAACUGUUUGACAACAAGGCCCUGACAUGGUCUGAUGUGUUGAUUGUGGCCAACGAUGUGGACCAGGAGUGCCCGCUUGUGUCGGGUCUCAGGAAUCGGGGCAUACCCGUUGAGGUGGUCAGGGGCAGCCAGGCCCACAAAAUUGAAACGUCUCGCACCCCAACUCUUUUUGUGACUACGUAUAAGGAAGUUAAUGGACUGGAGAGGUCACUCAUCAUUUUUGUACCUUCCGAGGUCCCUGAUGAGCUCCACAAGAAGAAAGAGACCCCUGACCUCCUCGACCUUCAGCUGGGACACUGCAUCAAACGGUUUACUGACAAGGACAGGACAGCUUUAUGGUACGUGGCAUCUCGAAGUCUGUCAUCUUUGGUACUGAUGUUACCAUGACCUGGCAUUUCGAAGUCUGUCAUCUUUGGUACUGAUGUUACCUGUCAUCUUCGGUACUGAUGUUACCUGGCAUCUUUGGUACUGAUGUUACUAUGACCUGGC